UUCUCUUUCUUCUUAAAAUCUCUCUUCUUUUUCCUAAUUCUUAUUAAUCAACAAAGGGAAAAAAAUAAUAAUCAGUAUUUGCAGUUUGAUUCAAUGGCUUCUUCAAGCUGUGCUCAACUUGAUGAUGAAAUUGGAAAUAAUGAUGAGUUGACACCUUUACAAAAGCAUGUAAUGUUUUUUGAUAUUAACAAAGAUGGAAUUAUAUACCCUUGGGAAACAUAUCAAGGUUUCAGAAAAUUGGGACGUAAUGUUUUUCGUUCACUUUUGGCUGCUGUUCUCGUCCAUCUUGUCACCAGUGCCAAGACUCGACCGGGAAAAUGGCCGUCUCUACUAUUUCCAAUUGUAAUUAAAAAUAUAAAAUUUGGCAAACAUGGCAGUGAUUCUGAUGCCUAUGAUUCUGAAGGAAGGUUUGUGCCAGAGAAAUUUGAGGAGAUUUUCAAGAAGUAUGCACAUACAAAUUCAGAAUAUUUAACAUCAGAGGAAGUGGAUGAAUUGCUCAAGAAAAAUAGAGAACCUAAGGACUACUUUGGAUGGCUUAAUGCUAAAACAGAUUGGAGAGUUCUAUUUGAUGUGGGGAAAAACAAGGAUGGUGUAUUGACUAAAGAUUCAAUAAGAGAUGUUUAUGAUGGAAGCCUUUUUGAACAAAAGGCAAAAGAACUUGCUGCUAUGAAGUAAAUAAUGAAUUAACUAUAUUAUUAAUGUAAAGUUAUUUAAUUUAUACUUUUAUUAUUGUUUUUUUUAAUUCUUGUUUGAUACCUUUUCACUCAACUCCCAAGUUCAU